AUUUUUGUAUUUAUGUUAAUUUAUGAAUCUACCUCUUAGACUAAAAGAAAAGGAACAGUCAGUAUUAUAAUUUCACUUGAAAAUUUGCCUUCCAUAAGAUAAAAUGGUUACCCAAAUAUUUGAUGAAUUGCCUAAAAAGGAUCAAUUAAUCAAUUCAGAUAAUGAUUCACAAAGUCAAGAACAAACACGCAAUGUUGGAAAAGUACAAAUGAAAAAGCAACUUGGUCUUCUGGAAGGUGUAGCAAUUAUUUUAGGAAUUAUAUGUGGCUCAGGUAUAUUUAUUUCUCCGAAAGGUGUAAUUACAGAAGUAGGAAGUAUUGGAGUAUCUUUGAUUAUUUGGGUUUUAUGUGGGUUACUUUCUAUGAUCGGGGCAUUAUGCUAUGCUGAAUUGGGCACUUGUAUACCCCGUAGUGGUGGUGAUUAUGUUUAUAUCUAUGAAUCUUUUGGCUCAUUACCUUCUUUCUUGUACUUAUGGGCUGCUAAUUUAAUUGUUGUACCAACUACCAAUGCUAUUAUGGCAUUAACUUUUGCACAAUAUGUUUUACAACCAUUCUUUCCAAAUUGUGCUAUUCCAGAUGAUGGUGUACGAUUAAUAGCAGCAGUCACUAUUUGUUUACUAACAUUUGCAAAUUGUUAUGAUGUUAAAGAAACAUCUAAAAUGCAAAAUGUAUUCAUGUUUACUAAAGUUGGAGCACUACUAAUUAUAAUUAUUGCUGGACUAAUUUGGGUACUAGUAGGUCAUACUGAAAACUUUGAAAAUUCCUUUGAAAAUACUAUUACGAAACCUGGUAAAAUUGCAGUGGCCUUCUAUUCCGGUAUAUUUUCAUAUUCUGGAUGGAAUUACUUGAACUUUAUGACGGAAGAAUUAAAAGACCCUUACGUAAAUUUACCACGAGCUAUCUACAUAUCACUACCUUUAGUUACUUUCAUAUAUGUAUUGGCAAAUGUAGCAUAUUUAUCAGUUUUAACACCAACUGCUAUGAUUGCUUCUCAUGCAAUAGCUGUGACUUUCGGAGACCAGCUGCUUGGGGCAAUGGCAUGGAUAAUACCCGUAAUGGUAGCUGUAUCUGCAUUUGGAGGAUUGAGUGUUCACAUUAUGACAUCGUCACGAUUAUGUUUUGUUGGUGCUAGAAAUGGUCAUCUUCCUUCAAUGUUAGGCCAUAUUAAUGUUUCAAGGCUUACACCUACGCCUGCCUUAAUCUUUCUAUGCAUUUUAUCUUUAAUAAUGUUGUGCACAAGUGAUAUUUUUGUAUUAAUCACGUACUGCAGUAUAGUUGAGUCAUUUUUCAUUAUGUUAUCGGUAGCGGGUGUUCUAUGGCUUCGUUACAAGCAACCUAACAUGAAACGACCAAUUAAGAUGCCUUUAUGGAUUCCUAUCACAUUUGUGGCUAUAUGUGCGUUUUUAGUGAUUGUUCCUUGUUAUGAAAGGCCAUACGAAGUUGGCGUAGGUACUCUGAUCACUUUGUCUGGUAUUCCAGCUUUCUUUUUUGGUAUCGAAUGGAAAAGCAAACCAGUGUGGUUUCAAAAAACUAAUUCUAAAAUCACGUACAUUGUACAAAAGUUAUUUAUGUCUGCUACUGAGGAAUGA